GUUCGAGGAGAUCCGGUGUUGAGUGCGAAAGUGAAACUGAUUCCAGGGGAGAUGAGCCUGCUGCUGCUGCUGGUGCUGCUGAUAGCCGGCAUUGCCUGCUCAACUGCGGCUGCCAAUGUUGACCUCGAGGCCAAGACUUUUGUGAAUCAAUCGAGUGAACGUUACUACAAAUUCUACAACGAGAUUGCCGCCGAAACGUAUUCGGCCAACAAUGAGGAGGACUUCGAUGCCUUGUUCUCCAAGCUGAACAAUGUGAAACGCAUUGCCGAGGAGCUGGUGAGCAUUUCCCGGCAGGCUGCUAGAUUUGAUCUGGACAGGGUUCGCAAUCCGGAGACCAAGACUGCUCUUCAAGAGCUGCGCACUGCGGGAGAUUUGUUUGUCCUGGGCGAUGAUUACUUUUCCUCCGUGCAAAUGAACUUGGCCGCCUUACAAACUCUCUCCACGGACCAGGAUAUCGAGCCGUAUCUGGGCGGAGCAAAUAGGCCCAACGAGGAUGACAGUCCACUGGCCUAUUUCCCGGACAUCCAAAAGAUUGUUAAGAGCAGCCAGGAUGCUGAUGAAUUGAAGUACUACUGGGAGGCAUGGCGCGAGAAGAACCAGAUCUGGGCAUCUGUCAAUUUCUAUACCAUUGUUCAAUCUUAUCAGAAGGCUGCCAAAAUCCUAGAGGUACCAGUCCAUAAGUUGUGGUAUAAAUACGACAGCCAGGAGAUGCUACAGCAGAUGGAACAGGCGAUGGUGGAACUUCGCCCAGCUUACCAGCAACUCCACGCCUUCGUCCGCCAGGAGCUGCAUAAGAAAUAUGGUGGCGAUGUUGUAAAUCUCAAUGGACCCAUACCGGAUCAUCUGUUCCAACAGGUCCUUGAACAGGCCUGGGCCAGUGGCAGCAUCCUGGAGCAGUACUAUCCACGUGCCCAGUUGCCGGAGUUCGAUGAGUUUGUCAAAGACCUGAAUGCCAGGGCUAUGGUGAAUGAAUCCGAGAAUUUCUACACUUCGCUGGGCUUCGAGCCGUUAUCUGAGGAGUUCCACAAGAACCAGUUGAAGGAACCCAAUCAGGAUAGUCCAAAUGACGACUGCCGACCCUCCAUCUUUGACCUCACCCCGCAUGUCUACCUUAUGUACUGCGAGAAGGUCAGUUUCCGGAAGAUGAUGCAGUAUCACAGUCACAUGGCCAGGGUUUACUAUGCCCAGCAGAAGAGGAACCUUCCCUCGUACUAUUUCAAGGCCUACAAUUUGGAGUUUGCUGUUGGUGAGGCUGUGGUCCUAUCCGCCUCCUCGCCAGCACAUCUUACUGGUCGCCGUUUGGCCAAGGAAGCACUCAGCGAAACCGCUCUGAUGAGUCGUCUUUUCCGCAUGGCCAUCCAUACAAUUCUUAGUAUUCCCUUGUACUAUGUGCACACCAAGGUGAUGCAUGAUCUUCUCAACGAUACAGUGGACAUGGACACCGUGAACAAGCACUACUGGCGCCUCAUGGAGCAGCAUGCGGGAAUCGAACCGCCUUCGGAUCGGUCAGAAGGAGCUAUUGAUUUCCCCUACAAGUUCUACGUAAACAUUGAUCAAAGCUUCCAGACUCAGAAAUUCAUUUCGGAGAUUCUUGGGUAUCAGUUUUACCGCGAGCUCUGCAAAAAGAGUUUGAGCGGAAAACCACUUCACAACUGCGAUUUCUAUGGAAGCUUGGCUGUGGGCAAUGAUUUAAAAUCAAUGAUGUCUUUGGGUUCUACUAAGCCCUGGAAAGAGGUGGUUGGCAAAAUACUGCCCAAUAACACUGGACUCAGUAGCCUGGCACUGCUGGAAUACUAUCAACCUGUUUUGGAUUGGGUUAAUAAAUACAAUAAGGAUGCCAAUUCAAAGAUUGGAUGGACUGCCACCAAGAAAAAAAUUGUUUGACGACUUCAAGGUCAGCUUUCAAAGAGCUUAAUUCAGCUAGCGCACAAAGAUUAAUCAAACACCUUGUAAUUUUUUGUUAAAACUUAUUUAAUUUUCAAAUUUUGAUUUGAAUUUAAAACGGUUUUAAUAAAAGUGUUUCGCAGCCCUGGCACGAAGCGGUUUUAAAAAUUAA